GGGGACCGCGGGGCCGUUGGUUUCGGGACGGAACGUUCAGGCGGCUGGGGCGGGCGCGAGGGGGAAGGGUUUGCGGCAGCGCCGCUGCCGGCUAACGCGGAGGGGCGCCUGGAGGCGGCGUGGCGUCCGCUCGGGCUCCGACUCCGGCUCCGGCUGUCGCUCUCGCUUCUAGCCCGCGUGCCUGCGCAGUCCCCUCCCCGAGAACCAUCCCCUUGCCCCGCCCAGCGUCAGGGGUGCGCGGCCGCCGAGAGACCCCGGAGGCGUAGCCGGCUGCGGAGGCGAAGAGGUGGGAGCGCGAGCUGGGACCAGCGUCUCGGAGGCGCCGCAGAGACAGGAUCUUGCUGUAUUGCCCAGGCCGGUCUUGAACUCCUGAGUUCAAGCAGUCCACUUUGGCCUCCCAGAAUGCUGGGAUUACAAGCAUGAGCCACCACGCCUGGUCUGAUUUUGGAAAAAUUAAAGAAUAUGGAGAUAGCUUGGGGAAAGAGACCCAGAUGGUUUGGGAUUUCUGUUUUUAUAUAAGGUAAGAAUUGGCUUUUUACUUGGAUGACUUCUUUAGAGUGGAUUUCAGUAAGGCCGAGGGGAGGGCUGGUGCCUUGGAGCUGGUGCCAAUGCUGAGGAUGGCCAUGCUCCAGUCCAGUGCUCUGCACCUUAGAGCACUCGUUGGCUUCCUCUGCAAAACCGCCUCUGGCUUCGCUUUGUUGUGCCGCUUGCUGUGUUUUGCUUCUCUGAUAAGUCAUCUGUGUUCAUGUGCACUGGAAAUUCUUCUAGAGCAGUGUCCCAAGAGACAGCGAAAACCCCAGCUCGGAGCCCACAGAGCCCAUCCUUCAUCUGCUCCUGUGUGUGCGUUUUCCUUCUGUGCUGUCCCGUGUAGAACAGCGAGAGUCCGACCAGCCUGAUGAGUCACAUGAGAUGAGGAAUGGUGGCUUAGGAAGCAUUUUGGAUAAUUCACAGAUGGAUUCAGUGGAAAAGACAACAAAUAGAAGUGAACAAAAAUCCAGAAAGUUUUUAAAAAGCCUCAUCCGGAAACAGCCCCAGGAACUGCUCCUGGUUAUCGGGACUGGCGUCAGUGCAGCAGUGGCCCCCGGAAUCCCUGCCCUUUGCUCGUGGAGAAGCUGCAUCGAGGCCGUCAUCGAGGCUGCAGAGCAGCUGGAGGUGCUGCACCCCGGAGACGUCGCCGAGUUCCGGAGGAAAGUGACGAAGGACCGGGACCUGUUGGUUGUCGCCCAUGAUCUGAUCCGGAAGAUGUCACCUCGCACAGGCGAUGCCAAGCCCAGCUUCUUCCAGGACUGCCUGAUGGAGGUGUUUGACGACCUGGAGCAGCACAUCCAGAGUCCUCUGGUGCUGCAGUCGAUCCUCAGCCUGAUGGACAGGGGCACCAUGGUCCUGACCACCAACUAUGACAACCUGCUGGAGAUCUUUGGCCAGCAGCAGAACAAGCCCAUGGAGUCUCUGGACUUGAAGGACAAGACCAAGGAAGUCCUCCAGAACUUAUACCGCACCAAGUCCUUUCUGUUUGUGGGCUGUGGGGAGACCCUUCGUGAUCAGAUAUUCCAGGCCCUCUUUCUUUACUCCGUGCCGAAUAAGGUGGAUUUGGAGCACUACAUGCUUGUGCUGAAGGAGAAUGAAGACCAUUUCUUUAAGCAUCAGGCAGAUAUGCUUCUGCACGGAAUCAAAGUUGUAUCCUACGGGGACUGUUUUGACCACUUUCCAGGAUAUGUGCAAGACCUUGCCACUCAGAUCUGCAAACAGCAAAGCCCAGAUGCUGAUCGCGUGGACAGCACCACAUUAUUGGGUAAUGCAUGCCAGGACUGUGCAAAGAGGAAGUUAGAAGAGAAUGGAAUUGAAGUUUCAAAAAAACGCACACAAUCAGAUACUGAUGAUGCUGGAGGGUCUUGAAAUCUUUACAGUAAAACCUGCAACUUGAAAACUAGCCUUCUGUAACCACAGUGCCCAAACGAAGAGGAAUGUAUGGAGAACUCCACGUGGAUCUCUGAUUGCAAAACCGUCACAUACACCAAGAGAGCCACGUGGGCAUGUGGCCCUCAAGGCUGGGUGAGAGGGCUCCCCUGUGUGUUGAACUAUGCAGGAGGGUGACGCGGACACACUUCAGGUGGACUUUGCAAGGACUGAUGGAUAGCUACCUCAGGGACCAGAAUCCGUGGGAAGGGAUGGACCUGGUGUUCCCAUUCCCAUCUGACAGGCUCUCUUUUAUCAAGGUGGUAUUUUUCGUAAUAAAAGGGGAAGAGUAAAGACUGUCCAAGCAACAGUAGUUGCCAAAGAGAAAAUACGAAAUAGACACUUUUUUUUUUUUGAGUCAGAGUCUCACUCUGUCACCCAGGACAGAGUGCAGUGGUACGAUCUCAAGCUCACUGCAGCCGCCACCUCCUGGGCUCAAGUGAUUCUCCUGCCUCAGCCUCCCGAGUAGCUGGGAUUACAGGCGUCCACCACCAUGCCCAGCUAAUUUUUUUAUUUUUAGUAGAGUUGGGGUUUCACCAUGUUGGCCAGGAUGGUCUCGAACUCUUGACCUCAGGUGAUCCGCCCGCCUUGGCCUCCCAAAGUGCUAGGAUUAUAGGCAUAAGCCACUGCGCCCAGCAAAAUAAACACAUUUUAUAGUUUGUAUGUGGAAACAUGUUACUAUAGAAAGCAUUUUAAAGGUACGUUUUAAAGGUCCACUGUUAAAUAGUAAAGAAUGAAUCCGCUAGCGAAAAUGUUUUUAGAGAGAACAGCUGAAUCAAAAGGGCUUCUUUGGAAUUAGGUUGUUUUAGUAACUUCUGUUCCAAAGAAACACAGGUCUGAUAUUGCUAAGAACUGAAAUCGGAGGAGCCAGAGGCCCUUUUCAGUCCAGGCCAGCAUUGUGCAUGGCCACUGUGGGACUGACAACCAGGAUAGCUCAAGUUCGAAAGACCAGGUUUCAAACAUUAUAAGUUCCAGGCUUUGCAAGUCUUUAUUCUCUGGGGUAAGAUCCAGUCUUUCUGUUAUUGUCUCUUAAAAUUCUCUUCCAUGGCCCACAUUAAGGGAGUUUGCAGAGAGUGAGGGAGGGCCUGCAACACUUUAAACCUUCUCAGGUUCACCCACAUGAAACGGCUGUGCUGAGUGUGCUGCCGGUGCCCGGGGAGCUUCUCUGACUGUGAGCCGGCAGAGGCUUCUGUGGCGGUGCAUGAGCGGCCCUACAGUGGAGGGUUCUCUUUGGAAACAAACAGCCCUGCUUGGUUUCAGUUUGAGGCCACUUAUCUUCAAUGUGACAUUUCUUGCCAAGCCCUGUGACACUCCCCAUUGAUGACUCCCAUAGGUACAGAUAAAGUUAAGAACAGGAAACAGAAGGGUAGGAUGCAUAGGGAGGGAGAGAAGCCCUGAAAACUUUUUUUUUCUUUUUGAAGCAUGGAAAACAAAUCUUUUAUGCCACUCCAGCCAUAAAUAAAAUUUUAACUUCAA